AGGCCUUAUAGCCGGCCUCAGACCAGCGGUCGUGGAGGUAACUCGCCGCCGGACGCGUACUUUCUCUGCUGGACAGAUGGUCAUCCCUCGUUAAAGACACAACCCUACAAGCCCACGACGUUCCCUAUCGUACUGCCCUGCUUUAAUUAUCCGCUAAUCUACUGAAUCCCUCUACUACACCAAAACUCCGUUUUCCUCGGUGCUAUCCAGCUUCUGCAUACGACUUUCCUACGCCAUCCAUGCCGUCUUACCUGGAACCACUGUCACCCAUUUCUCCGCUCUGUAAAUCCCUUGUUGGUCUGCCGUGGACCGCGUCGGACUGUCAAGAGUCCAAUGUCGCUGGUCGGUCUCGACCCCGCUUGCCGGCGCGCCCCUCAACCGCGCGUGCGUCGACCACUUCUGCAUUGCGCGGGCCCCGCGCACCACACUGUCCACUCUCUGUCUCCAACGAGAACGAGAACCGGCGACCGCGUAGCGCCAGCCACGCACUGUCUAGCGUCGCACGUCCUCUACCUGCACCUCCGCCAUGUACGUCCACCGCGACGCGCCGGGGCACGUAUCGUCCACUUCCACGACCACCAUGCCAACCCGUUGCGCCGCCUCCUACACCUCUGCAACAGGUCGCCAAUCCUCUGGAGUACGAGCUCCUCGGUUCACGGAGGCACACGGUUCUCCGGCUUGAUUUCCCCGACUCGCCUGAACCGGGAAUAAUCAUCGUCUCGCCUCUCACGGGUACCUCGGACCUGUCUGUGUCGUCGAUUAGCCAAGCGGCGGCUACAGGGUCGCCGUCUGUGGACGAGACGGGGAGGUGGACGGUGACAUACGAACAUGUAGACGUGCAACCAUCACAGCGGCCGACGCUGCCGCGCAUCGACACCAACCUAAACGCGUCGAAGUCGCUCCCGUCCGGCCCCAUCGCGUUCGCUCGCCCCAACGUACUAUCCCCUAUCGAGAACUACUAUGACAAGGACUCCGCCGUCCUUAGUGAAGUCGACAACAAUCGUCCACGCUGCCGCCCAACGGACGAGUCAUACGUGUUCGUGGAUGGUCCGCUCCCGGCGGCCAGCGCUGACCCGCCGAGCCCGCCGCGGAAGAGUGGACAUGCCCGUAUAGCAUCGGACUUGUCGAAGAAGCUCAAGCGGUACAGCUGCAAGUGGAUCAGGGAAAAGAAGGGAAGACGGUGGGUCGAGGAGGAUUACGGUACGGUGCUGCAGAAGCUGAGGCGAUUGAAGUGAUGUGAAUCCGUGGGUGUCGCGGUAGCAGGAGCGGACGAGGAAAGCCGCACAGACCCUCGCCAUGUUGUGGCAUGCCUUCAAAGUCUCCUCUUGCAAACGUACAAAUCCUACACUGAAUUUAUCAGGCCCCCAUAUAUUCACUAUCGCACGUUCUGCUGUUCUUGCUUUGAUAUCCGUCAUUGCCCACACAUGCAGCUCCGAAUUCUAUCUUC